AUGGCCGAUACCAACGAAACCAUGGGAAAGGAUUCAUAUCGACUACGCAGGACCGGUCAAUGGACCCGUAGCACCACUACCACAGCGACGCUGGAGCUGCUACAAGAAACUUUUGCAAGAUAUGGCAACCCACAUACUCUUGUGUCCGACAAUGGUACCCAGUUCGGAAGCGCCAGUUUCAAGCUUUUCUGUGACGAAAAUGGUAUCCAGCAUCUGACGACAGCCCCGUAUCACCCGCAAUCGAACGGACAAGCAGAACGUUUCGUCGAUACCUUGAAGAGAGGAUUGAAGAAACUUGCCGAAGGGGAAAAGACGGUGACGUUCCAGCACCUUCAGACGUUCCUAUCCGUUUACCGGUCAACACCAAACCGAAACGCUCCGGAUGGUAAAUCUCCUGCGCACCUGUUCCUAGGACGAGAAAUGCGGACAUCCCUGGAUCUCUUGAAGCCGAGUUCUCCGCGGCCAACCCUGGUCAACGAGAAGCAGAACGACCAGUUCAACCAAAGACACGGAGCGGUCAAAAGAGCCUUCAAUCCGGACGACCUGGUGUACGCGCAACAUAUACUCGCUGAUGGUAUCAGGACUCAUAGUGGAUGGGAGAUCGUGAACUCGGACGGUCACAGCCUCGCAAUCCACGUAUACCGGGAUCUUAAAUGCUUUGUCCGCACAAACAAUAGAUCGCUUCCAAUUGUGGUUCAAUUGGUAACGUAA